AUGUCGAGCCUCGACGAUCUGUUCAAAAAACCAGCCCUGCCGAGCAAUAAACGCAAACUCGAAGCAGCUCGAGACCCAAACGAGAUCUACAAAGCUGCGAAGCUAUCCUCGAGUGGCCACGUCAAAAGCAAUGGCAAAGCUCCAGCGGUCGCAGAAGACGAAGACGACGAUGUAGAAGCCGGACCUUCAGCCCCAUCCGACGAUGAAAAAGACUACGGACCAGACAUCCCAGACGACGAGGAGGGGCGAUUCUUCGGCGGCGGAAUCACAGAGAAAGAGAGUGAGAUACUAGACUACAUGGAAGGGCAGGAAGCGGCAGAAAUAGCACCAGAAAAGAUCGACUCGGCGUGGCUGCGGAAACUGGCUCUGAAUUUCGAGAAGCGGAUAUCGAAGAAUGCGGAACUGCGGGCGAAGUUCGAAGACGAUCCGCAGAAGUUUAUGGGGAGCGAAGCAGACCUGGACGCGGAUAUCAAGGCGCUGAGUAUCCUGACCGAGCAUCCGCAGCUGUACGGCGAAUUUGCGAAGUUGGGCUGUGUUGCGAGUCUCGUGGGCUUGCUAACACAUGAGAAUACGGAUAUAGCGAUCGACGUGGCGGAAAUUUUGAGCGAGCUGACGGAUAUUGAUGUGGAGGUCAAGGAGGAUCAGUGGGAUCAGUUCGUUGAUGCUAUGCUCGAGGCUGAUCUGCUGGACCUGCUGUUAUCGAAUUUCGGACGUUUGGAUGAGGCCAACGAAUCGGAUCGUAGUGGUGUUUAUCAUGCGCUAAGUUUACUGGACAAUCUGGUAUCGAAGGGAACACUUGCGGAGAAUAUUGGGCAGGAUACAAGAUUGCUGGAGUGGUUAUUAAGCCGGAUACAGAAAAAGGACUCGCCAGUGUCGCAAAAUAUGCAAUACUCUGCAGAAGUCCUGUCCGUUCUGGUCCUUGGCUCAUCAACCACUCUGCGGAAACUUUGCGAGUUGAAUGGCGUGGACUUGUUGCUCCAGAUUGUGGCUGCGUACCGCAAGCGAAACCCCUGUACAGGAUCCGACGAAGAAGAGUUCGUCGAAAAUAUCUUUGACUUGCUGACAUGCCUUGUUGAUGAGCCCGAAGGAAAGCAAAAAUUUGUCGAGGCGGAAGGUAUUGAGCUGUGUCUUAUCAUGAUCAGAGAGGGGAAAAUGAGCAAACCACGCGCAUUGCGGUUGCUCGAUCAUGCUCUCGCGAAGCAAAGCGGUGCCGAAGCAUGCGAAAAACUGGUGGAGGCUGCAGGAUUGAAAGUCUUAUUUGGUACGUUUAUGAAGAAACAAAAUGGGGAGACUAUGGAGCACCUGCUAGGUAUAUUUUCCUCGCUGUUAAGGCUACUCCCGGCGAAUUCGUCGGGAAGGAUACGCACGUUGGCGAAGUUUGUGGAGAAGGAUUAUGAGAAGCUGGAGAAGCUGGUUAAGUUGAGGAGAGUCUAUGCAGCGAAGGUCGAUGCAAUGGAGAAGGAGAUCAGGAUCGAGCAAUUCCAGAUGGAUGCCGAGGAGAGGGAGGAAAUGGCGGAUGAGUGGCUAGAGAGGCGAAUGGAUGCAGGCUUGUUCUGCCUACAGACCAUCGAUGUUAUUCUUGCUUGGCUAGUGGCAGAGGACGAUGGGGCAAACACGAAAAUCCGGAGUCUGCUUGCAGAUCGGGACGAGGGUUUGUCUGUCGUGAAGGCCACGAUACAGGAGCAACUUGAUAUCAUUGACGAAUAUUCGGAAGAACAGACGUGGACUAAAGACAUGCUUAGUACAUUGAUCCAGUUCUUGACAUAG